UAUCCCCCUCUCUGAUGAAGGGUCUCGGCCCGAAACGUCAGCUUUUGUGCUCCUGAGAUGCUGCUUGGCCUGCUGUGUUCAUCCAGCUCCACACUUUAUUCUUAUCCCUAUCGUCUCUCAUUUUUAAUUUUGAAGGAGACUGUAGUGUAUUUCCGGGAUAGAAUUUUAAUAGUUGCAGUCAGCUAGGUAACAUUAACAGGGUAUUUGCUGUCUGCUGCGGAACUCGGUGCUCAGUCACUUCGAAGGAUGCCGUUGUCUGAUUAACUGGUAUGGUUAAAGAGGAGAAGCAGUUUCAGGUGAAACUGCUAAAUUAGCGCAGGCUUGACGUUUCAGCAUUAGGAACUAAGAAUCGGAAACCAAAACAACGUGACGGAGAAACUCAGCAGAUCUGGCCAGCAGGUCUGCUAAGACAGAGUUAAUGUUUUGAGUCCAAUUACUCUUCUUCGGAACUGAAGAAUUGGGCUGUGCUUGUAGUCGGAGUUUGGAGUUAGUUGCACACGGCCUGGAAAAACCAUGAAAGCUCUCAAGCUGAAGGAAUUGGAGAGUUUAUUGCAGCAAGUAGAUGUGUUUGAGCAGCCGAAGCUACUUCUAGAGCAAUAUCACACGAGCCCGCAUAUAGCAGCACAUAUGCUGUAUACCAUACACACAACAUUCGAUGACAUUAAAAGUAAGUUGAUUGCAGAUCUGGGGUGUGGAUGUGGAGUUCUAAGUAUUGGAGCAGCCAUGCUAGAUGCGGGAUUAUGCGUUGGAUUUGAUAUUGAUGAAGGAGCUCUCAACAUAUUUACCAGGAAUGCAGAAGAACUUGAAUUGGCCAAUGUUGACAUGGUUCAAUGUGACAUCUGUUCAAUAAUGACUGGCAAAUUAUCAAAGACAUUUGACACAAUAAUUAUGAAUCCACCAUUUGGAACAAAACACAAAGGUGUGGACAUGACAUUCCUCAAAAUUGCUUUAGAUAUGGCUAGAACAGCUGUGUAUUCUCUACACAAAACAUCAACUAGAAAUCAUAUUCAAAAGAAGGCUGAAGAAUGGAAGAUAAAGAUGGAAGUAAUUGCUGAGCUGAGAUAUGACUUACCAGCAUCAUACAGAUUUCACAAGAAGAAAUCACUUUCUUUACAAAAUAAGACUCUCUUCAAGAAGAAACCAAACAAGCAAAUUGCCCAGUUUCAUCAAACCAACCUUUAAUCUCAUCAAGGGUAGCACUUGUGGGAAAGCCUUUCUGUUCAUUUGGAAGACAUGGCAUGAAAAAAGGUGAAAGGAGUAGAAAAUAUUAAAAUCUUAAAUGAAAAGAAUGCAAAAUAAGUUUUUCCAAUGUUCAAGAAUUCAACAAAGUUUUUCCGAGCUGAGAAAACACAGAACUGAAAUGUAAUGAUAUGCAAUCUGUUACUGAAAAUGUCAACACGAAGGAUUUCAAAUAAGUUAAACAAAAAGUUUAACCUGCAUUUAAUUCACAACAUACAAUAGUUUUUAAUUAAAUACUGAAAUUUAUAAGAUACCAACUUUCACAAUGAAGUAUAACCUUAAGUUCUGGUAUCUCAGAGUUUGAUUACUAAGCGGUCAAAUUAGUAACUUAUUCCAAGGGAGAAACAGUCUCACUCUAUUCCUGUGGAAUGUAUUUUACAAAAUGUAGAAAACUGCAAAAGCUCAGCAAAUCCAACAUUAUAAAUACAAAGGAUGAAGCAACCCCAUACUUCAAUUUUAAUUGGCUGUUUAGUUAAGAAAUUUCAUGUGUGACCAUAAGAAACUACUAAAAUAAAAUAAUUUGUAAAUUUCAUUUGAUUCACUGCAAUACAACUUUUUAACAUAUUUCAAUACAGGACAUUUUCUCACCAAAAAUGCUCCAUCAAGCAGCAAUCUCAAUUAAAAAAAAUAUCAAAACCAAGAGCAUUUUCAAAGCAUGUGAACAGAUAAAAUUUGUUGUUUCCAAACAACAAAUACUUACAACAUACACAGAUCUAGCUUUCACAGAGUUUUUAUAUUCUUCAAACUCAGGCAGAGGCUUGCUUGGAGAACGACGAAUUUUGGUUUUGUCUUCGCUUAUUUCUAGAAGUCCACUUUUUGAUUUCUUUAGUCCUUCCACUAUCACAGUAAAAUCUGUCGUCAAACGGCUUAACCUGCAAAGCAUUCAAUGUUUAGACGCUACUUACAUCACCAUUUGUCUUAAGAAAGAACUGCAGUGUUCUUACCUGUUAAAUUUGAUCAUGGUUUCCAGGGGUACCCAACCAUCAUCCAAUUUGAUCUGUUCUUUGAGAAAUUUAUCUCGUAGCAAAUUGUGAUCACUGAAGUAAUACUACACAAAGACAAUAAAGUAACUUUCAGUGGAGAAA